GCAAUGCGCUUGAGCUGGAUGUGAGACAUCAUGUCUUCCCUCGGCGUUCGGUUCCUCCUUUCGGCCAUGGCGUUCCUCUUGUUCGCUUAGUGAUGCGGAGAUCGUCGAGAGAGUGCAGUAUUAACGCAUCGUCAUUGGUGUCGCUAUUACCACUGUGGGAUCGUCGAGGAGCGAUGCACUGCUAUAAUCGUACACGCGUUCUCCAUCGAGGAGUCAAUCCUCCGAAGCGGAAUUACACAAAGACUUCUUUGUCCUUAAAUCUACUGCUGGCUUGACCUCACGACCGACUCGACAACCACACGGCAUCGCCAUUCAGGUCAAUCCUGGUACGCCUGUAUUUGCCGGCAUCCUCAUCUCGUGCUCUCCACGAUGUUCUCUCACAAGAAUCUCGCCACUGGUCUUACCGGCGCCGCCAUCCUCUUUGGUACGACUUCCGCUCGUCAAAUUCCUUCUGGUGUGCCAUCAUUCGCCCUUGACUACGCACCUCUCGUCUACCUUUUCAGCGGCGAGAACUACAACCCUUCCGACAUCAGCGCGCAGCUUCCACCCAACACUACUCCCAAGAAUAACUUCACAGCCAUCACGAACGGACCGAAUCCCUUGACGCUCGACAACCUCAGCCAACUCUCCAACUCCGCCUCACUCUCUAGCACAGAAGACUUUACUACCUUUCCCCGUCAACCGUCCUACCUCUAUGGCGUGCGCCCGUCCUCGUCCGGUCAGACGGGAGAUGCAGUCAGCUGUGCGAUUAUUGUCAAUGAUCAUGAUUCUACCCCAGGAAGUAAUGUGACGGAUGUGUUCUACAUGUACUUCUACGCCUUCGACUAUGGCGGCGAUUAUUUCAGCUUCAACGUUGGCAACCACGUCGGAGAUUGGGAGCACACGAUGGUGCGGUUCGUGAAUGGCACGCCUUCGGCGAUGUGGUUCAGUCAGCAUGCGAAUGGACAGGCGUUCAUGUAUGCCGCGACGGAGAAAGGGAAGGAUGAGAAGAGGCCCAUCGCCUACUCUGCCAACGGCACGCACGCAAACUACGCCACUCCCGGCGUCCACGACCACACUCUGCCCAACAUCAACCUGCCAUUCCCCUUCCUGAUCCCAGACCACACCUCCGCCGGAAGUCUCUGGGACCCAACUCUCUCCGCAUACUACUAUCACUACAGCACAGCCUCCAACCGUACCGCCGGCGUGACCGGAACGUUCACGGCCUACGAUGACAGCGCGCCAACGGACUGGCUGUAUUGGCUCGGCCGCUGGGGCGAUGAGAAUUUGCCCAAGUCGGACCCGAGGCAGAGCUGCCCCUUUGGAAUCGAUGCCCUUUGCCGGUGGUCCGGCGGACCGACAGGACCUGUAGACAAGCAACUGAACCGGGCCAAGGUUUGUCCUGAUAAUGGCAAUCCGUGUAUCGUGAGGAGUGUGUUGAGCGCCAAGUGAGACGGCAAUCGUAGUCGGAGAAGGGAGCAAAACUACCACGAGACUUAAUUCAACAUAGAGAAAAGUGUACAGGUGGAAAGAUUACAUGGCAUAAUGUAAAGAAAAUAUGAAAUCAAAAUGAAAGAAGUUCGCUUUUGUUCUAUUAUCGUCAUAAACCCGCUUGUAGGAAGUAAGGGUUCGUUUCAUCAUCUCUGACAGAAACGAGAUCAAUAUAUCAUCCCCUUUUGCCUGCCGGCAUCCUCCAUCGCCCACAUGACCGCAUCAUACACGUCCUCUUUCACCACAUCCGGCCGGCUCUCCAUCUCCGCGCCGACCUGCCAAACGCCCGUCUUGACCAGAACACUCGUCCAUCGUGAACCAAAGGGACUCUUGUACCCGUUUGCGCCGGCGAUAUCGCUCGCCGGGUUGUCGCCUACCAUAUACACCCUU